CCAUCCCUGACAUCAGUGAAGGCAUCACCAGCACAACGGUCAAAGCAAGCUGUCACUAAUUUGUCGCCUCGCUGUCGCUGACUUUGGGACACAGUUUUGCUGGGAUAAGUCUAGCUUCUGUCAACAACAAAGUUAACAGCCAACAUUCUAAAUGUUCGAACAAUCGUGGGCGUUUGAGGCUGACAUGCAAGAUGCGAGCACGGCGCCGCUGCAGGUUGAGUCAGCAAAGAAAAUGGAUCGAGUGCGUCGUCCACGAAGCUUCAGCAGAGAUAUCAACGGGAACGUUCAGCUGGCCAUGGGCAAACGAGGUGAAACGUGUGAAGAGGACAACAUAGACCCGGCUGAAGUGUCCCUGCUCAACAAAAUGAUCCGCCGAAGUCUAGUGAGGAACCGGAACGAAGUGGAGGUCCUGCAGAGGGACCCUACCUCCCCGCUGUUCUCAGUCAAGACCUUCGAGGAGCUUCGCCUGAAACCGGAGCUGUUGAGAGGGGUCUACGACAUGGGCUUCAACAGGCCUUCCAGGAUCCAGGAGAAGGCUCUGCCUAUGAUGCUGGCACAGCCACCUCAGAAUCUCAUUGCCCAGUCCCAGUCUGGCACAGGAAAAACUGCUGCUUUUUCCCUGGCUAUGCUCAGCCAUGUCAACCCCGACCACAAUUGGACCCAGGCUCUUUGCAUCGCACCGACAUAUGAGCUGGCCCUGCAGAUCGGUCAGGUGAUGGAGCAGAUGGGCAAACACUACCCCAGUGUUAAGCUGGCGUACGCCAUCAAAGGCAACCGCCUGGAGCGAGGCACUAAGUUGCAGGAGCAGAUCGUCGUGGGAACGCCGGGCACCAUCCAGGACUGGUGCACCAAGCUGAAGUUCAUAGAGCCCAAAAAGAUCACCAUGUUUGUGCUGGACGAGGCCGAUGUCAUGAUUGCCACUCAGGGUCAUCGUGACCAGAGCAUCCGCAUCCACAGGCAACUAACAAAGGACUGCCAGAUGCUCCUCUUCUCGGCCACCUUCGAGGAGGAGGUGUGGAGGUUUGCGGAGAUGAUCGUUCCAGAGGCCAACAUCAUCCGUCUGCGGCGUGAGGAGGAGACGCUGGACACCAUCAAACAGUUUUAUGUGCUCUGCAGGAGCAAGGAGGACAAGUUCACCACUCUGUGUGAGCUCUACGGGAGUAUGACCGUGGCUCAAGCCAUGAUCUUCUGUCAUACUCGAAAUAUGGCGUCUUUACUGUCGACUCACAUGACCAACCAAGGCCACGUUGUGGCACUGCUGAGUGGCGAAUUGACUGUCGAGCAGAGAGCGAGCAUCAUCGAACGCUUUAGGAACGGCAAGGAGAAGGUUCUUGUGACCACCAACGUUUGUUCUCGAGGUAUCGACGUGGAGCAGGUGUCCCUUGUGGUCAACUUUGACCUCCCCGUGGACAGGGAUGGGAACGCCGACAAUGAAACGUACCUCCACCGGAUUGGCCGCACGGGACGCUUCGGCCGGCGAGGCUUUGCCAUCAACAUGGUGGACAACCAGCACGGCAUGGAGGUCAUCAGACAAAUCGAGAUUCAUUUUGACAGGAAAAUCCCCAAACUUGAAACCGGGAAUGUUGAAGAAAUGGAAAAACAGCUCAACUGAACACUCUGACUUCCAUCUCCAGUGGCUCUUCCACAGGUUUAUUGUUUACAUGUUGACUAUGCAGACUUCUGCAGGUUUGUUUGACGCACUUUUGAUUUAUUGUUGACUCGAAGCUCAGCGCAAAGCUAGCUGUUGUGUACUUUUACUUUGCAGUGGUUUUGCAGUGAUUUCUGUUGUUUUACUUGGAAUGAAUGCAUGAAUGUUAGCUAUUGUCUAUUCUUGUGUGCUUUAAAACAUUGUGUGUGUUUCAGACUGCAGUGACCCUGGUUACUACGUUCUUUUGUCUUCGUUUCAAUUUGCUGCUGUGAGCUUCAUGGUCGUUCAUAAAGGACAAAAAAAAAAAUAACAAAUGGAAAAAAAUGAUAUAUGAAACAUACUGUUGCCUUUAUACCUUGUUUUGGUGCUUUCUCUCCAAACUGGCACAAUUCUAUUAAAAGGCAUAAGGAGAAGUGGCGUGAGCUUAUUGAAAUAUUAACAAAAAAUACAUAUAUUAAUAAUAAAAAAACAUUUGAAACUACAAAUGAAUAAAUAAUACCCAAGAGAAUCUACAGGACGGCAUUUCUGGACAGGUCCAAGAUCUUUACUCAGUCACUGAGUCAAGCCGCUGUCCUAGACUUCCUCACGCUUCCUGGUUGUGUCACGUUUUUCUCGUUUUUUAGGUUGCAGACCCUGGAUUUAGACACAGCCGUGACAAAGAAUGUUUGAAUUACCCUGCUGUUGUGUUCGGGUCAGAAUAAAAGAGCGUCAGACUUUG